AUGCCACUUUCACCGUUUCUCCGCAUUUCUCCUCGCCUGGGCCUGACUGUAGCUCGGAGGUCAAAGAGAGCUGCUUCUACGUUUUCGUCGAGAGCAGCAGAGUCACGAUGCUCCCUCAAUUCAAUUCUCAUCGCAAAUAGAGGUGAAAUAGCUUUACGAGUCGGACAAACCGCUUCACAGCAUGGCAUUCGAGUCACUACGCUAUACACAGACCCAGAUAGUCGAUCCCAGCAUGCGUUGAGUUCCCCUUUUGCGUUCAACUUGGGAUCCGUUUCGGCCUACCUCGAUGGAGAUCGGAUUAUAGAGAUUGCAAAGAGAGAGGGUUGUCAAGGGAUACAUCCUGGUUACGGCUUCCUCAGUGAGAACUCUGCGUUUGCACGAAAAUGCACGGAAGCUGGGCUGGUAUUCAUUGGCCCUCCGUGGAAAGCUAUCGAGGACAUGGGAGACAAGAGUCGUUCUAAGGAGAUCAUGACAGCUGCCAAUGUACCCUGUGUACCUGGCUACCAUGGCCAAAAUCAAGACCCCAACUUUCUCGAAGCCGAAGCGGACAAGAUCAAAUACCCUGUGCUCAUAAAGGCCAUCAAGGGAGGCGGUGGCAAAGGCAUGCGCAUCGCCUCAUCAAAGUCAGAAUUCCAGGCUCAGCUACAAUCAGCAAAAUCCGAGGCCAAGAACUCGUUCGGCGAUGACCACGUUUUGGUGGAGAAGUAUAUCACCACACCGCGACACAUUGAAGUCCAAGUCUUCGCAGACAAGCAUGGUAACUGCGUCGCCCUCGGAGAAAGAGAUUGCAGUAUCCAGCGUAGGCACCAGAAGAUCCUCGAAGAGUCCCCUGCUCCUGACCUUCCUGAUGCGACAAGAAAAGAUAUCUGGGCUAAAGCAAGAUCUGCUGCUUUGGCCGUUGGCUAUGAAGGUGCUGGCACGGUUGAGUUUAUCUUCGACAAUGAUACCGGGGAGUUCUUUUUUAUGGAAAUGAACACCCGACUUCAGGUCGAGCACCCCGUUACUGAGAUGGUUACUGGCCAGGAUCUGGUUUACUGGCAACUCAAAGUGGCCGAGGGUGCAAAGCUCCCGUUAACCCAAGACGAGGUAGAAGUCCAAAUGGCCAGUCGCGGACAUGCCAUUGAAGCUAGAAUUUAUGCAGAGAAUCCUGACCAGGGGUUUAUUCCUGAUUCGGGACGUCUGGUCCACGUUCGCACACCAGCAAUCACAGAGGAUACUCGAAUCGACGCAGGCUUCAUCGCCGGGGAUGAGGUGUCUGCACACUAUGAUCCUAUGAUCGCAAAGCUGAUUGUGCGGGGUGCAACACGAGAAGAGGCAAUCCGCAAACUCUUGGCUGCACUAGAGGAGUACGAAAUUGCCGGUCCUAUUACCAACAUCGAGUUUUUGAAGGCUGUCUGCAAAAGCGACGAUUUCAUUGCAGGUCAGGUUGAAACGGGUUUCAUCGAGAAACACCGGAAGGGAUUGUUCGCCAAGGAUACUAUUGGAGGCGAGGUGCUCGCACAGGUCGCAUUGGCCUGUUUACACCACGACACCACUGACAGCUCGCGUAAGCUAGCUAAUUUUGAAGGGUCUGCGGUGGGAUUCAGUCCAAGUUACCAGCAACGGCAGUUCACCUUCGAAGACACACAUUCCGGGUCCAAGGAUGGCACAACAUUCGACGUGCGAAUUCAACAGAUAAGCGAUAACCAAUUCAGUGUGAAGGUUGGAGACCAAGUGUUCGGGCCAGUGUUCAGCCAUCGCAACCCCGACUCGCCAGUGAUCACCUCAUUCUUUCCCCACACACGUCUAGACACCACGGUGAUCCGGGACGAAGACUCUAUUAUCGCAUUCCAACAGGGUACCCAGUAUCGAUUGACGCUACCACGGGCGAAAUGGAUGGAUAAGGCAUUGGGAAUGAAGGAUGUGUCCAACAGUGUGUUGGCACCAAUGCCGUGCAAAAUUCUGCGUGUGGAGGUACAGGCGGGUGACGCGGUAGAGAAAGACCAACCGUUGGUGGUUAUUGAGAGCAUGAAGAUGGAGACGGUCAUCCGUAGCCCACAGCGGGGGACAAUUUCACGGGUGGUGCAUCAAAAAGGAGUAAGUCAAGAUGAAAUCAUUUUCCUUUACCCCAGUUGGACCACUACCUUUCCCGCUUCCUGCGCGAAUUAUUUGAAAUGGUUUUCGUAA